AUGACCCUCACAAUUAGGAAACUGGAAGAACAUAUCGGGGCAGAAGUUCGAGGCGUUGACAUCACCUCGCCCAUUGAUGCCGAGACAUUUGAACAACUUCGCCAUGUGCUUUGCGAAUACGCGGUGCUCGUAUUCCAUGAUCAGGACAUCACCGACAAACAACAUGUUGCUUUUAGUAAAGGGUUUGGCCCAAUCGAACUGACGAUGGCAAACGACCCCAUCGGGGACGGAGGACCCAUCGGGAUCAUUUCCAACCUCGAUGAAAACGGCGAAAUCAUUCCGCCGGGGGAUUCGCGGACGCUUUAUACUGUCGCCAACACACUCUGGCACUCCGAUGGCUCAUUCAAGCGCGUGCCCUUGCGCGGCUCGCUGCUCUCUGCCAAGAUCAUACCGCCCGCAGGUGGCGAAACCGAAUUUGCCAGUCUCCCGCCGCCUAUGAGGCUCUACCCAAGCAGAAGAAGGCGGAUAUAG